UGUGUGUGCUUUCGUGGUUGGACUCUUAACCAGUUUGAGCUGCUCAGCUGUUUUAACGUGCUGCUACAGAGAUCUGAGAGUCACCGCCUACAGUGUGUGUGUGUGUGUGUGUGUGUGAGAGCCUCACUCUGCUCUACUUCAGUUAGGAGGUUUGAAAGCGGUGUAUGGAAUGGAGCUGAGAGAGGAGGUCGUUCUGCAGCCUUGAGUUACCUGGAAGAGGAAAAGUGUGUGUGUGUGUGUGUGUGUGUGUGUGUGAGAGAGAGAGGGAGAGUGAGGGGGAGAAAGGGAACAAGAAGACAAGUGAACAGCUGAAGGAGAGACUGAAGGAAGGAGAGACUGAAGGAAGGAGAGACUGAAAGCUCUUUGGCUGUGAUUCUGUUGGUCAAGCUUUUUCCCCUUGGUUUUAUGGCUCUGAAGUGACAGACACACACACACACACACACUCACUCACUCCUGGAACAGAGCCGAGGAAGGGAGCCGGAGCGUCUGAAUGUCAGACCCUGUGAUGGAGGAGUCCGAUUCCUUACCUGGGAAAGAAGAGCUGAGCUGGGGCUAUGAGGAAGGUGUGGAGUGGGGUCUGCUGUUCCCAGAAGCGAACGGAGAGAACCAGUCUCCCAUAAACCUGAACUCAAGAGAGGCUCGUUACGACCCCAGGCUGCUGGAAGUUGGUUUAACGCCCAACUACGUGGUGUGUCGAGACUGUGAGGUCAUCAACGAAGGACACACCGUCAGGAUCAUGCUCAAGUCCAAAUCAGUGGUAACCGGAGGCCCUCUGCCCAGCGAUCACGAGUUCGAGCUGCAUGAAGUUCGGUUCCACUGGGGCAAAGAGAACCAGAGAGGCUCCGAACACACCGUUAACUUCAAGGCCUUUCCCAUGGAGCUGCAUCUGAUCCACUGGAACAGCACAUUGUUCAACACUGUGGACGACGCCAUGGGCAAGAAGAAUGGCAUCCUUAUCAUCGCACUCUUCGUCCAGAUCGGGAAGGAGCAUCUGGGACUGAAGGCUGUUACAGAGGUGUUACAGGACCUGCAGUAUAAAGGAAAGACAAAAAUAAUUCCAUGUUUUAAUCCUAACACUUUACUACCUGAUCCGUUAUUAAGAGAUUACUGGGUGUAUGAAGGUUCUUUAACAACACCACCAUGUAGCGAAAAAGUCACCUGGAUCCUUUACCGCUACCCGCUAACCAUCUCUCAGAUGCAGAUCGAGGAAUUCCGGAGACUCCGGUCUCAUGUGAAAGGGGCGGAGCUUCCUGAAGGGAAUGAUGGGAUGUUGGGAGAUAAUUUUCGGCCCACGCAGCCUCUGAGUGACCGCGUGGUCAGAGCAGCGUUUCAGUAAAGCGCCGCUGCAGCAGUCCAUCAGUGUCACGCUGAGGAUACAAAGCCGAGCUGGAUGAAGGAAACCGGACCCUCUGAUGAAAUCCUGCUUCAUGCGAACACGCAUUAACAUAGUUCAACCCUGACGCUCACAGUUUUCACAACACGCUAAUGAGUUUAUCGUCACUGUGUGCUACAACAUGCCACACUGCACAGGAAGAGGAAUUCCCAGUCACAUGACAAGAAUUCAUCAUCACCAACCUGUAUGAAUGUGUAGAAGGCAGGUGAAUCAGUGACACGCGAUACUCAACGUCAGGACUGGACAAAUUAUUCAUUAGCAUCAAGUUCCAUGUUUUGGUUUGUCUGGAAAUUCUAUAAGUAGCAUUGCAUUUUAGUUACUGUAUUAGCAAAAAAAAGAUGUUAUCCUAAUGUACACUGACUAGCUAGAUCGCUUACAACAUUAAAUAGAUAAAAUAUUGUAGCUAGCAUUGUGCUUUUUGUUUGUAGGUUUCACGUUUCACCAGCUAAAGCAACACAGCCGCCUUUAUAAUGUGCUAGCUAGCUAGCGUUAGUUAGCAUUCAUGGGUUUUGUUAGCUCUGUGUUACAAGAGUUGCUAACGUGUAAUACAAUAACAGUAAUUUUUUAAAAAGCUGAGCUGAAGGUAGAGCUAUGAGGGGAUGUGCGCUGCAACGCUAGCUUUCUGUUGUUUUUUUUAAUCACACAGUGUACGAAUUAUCUGACAUCUUAAUUCAUAUAGAAGAAGAAAACACACAGACUAACAUGAGUUUAUGUUUAGGACACUUUAGUUACAGAAAUGAGGAACAAACAGUCACGCUUUUACAUCAUUAUUUACUACAGAGACAGUGUGCUGGUGUUUAACAUAAUGAAUAAAACCAUUUUUAACUUAAA